AUGAUGUUACCGCAAGGCUCUGGGGCCAUAGGUAAAGAAAAUUUCUUUGAUGUGCCUUCAGGGUCAAUGAUUCCAUCCACUCAUUCCUAUGUUCAACACACGGGCACAAACUCCCUUUUUUUUCCUAGUCCGAUGAUAAACUUUUCUACGCAUCCUUACCAAGUUAAUAGUCUGCUUCCACAUCCGGCACAUCCAACUCUACAACCACACCAUAUCGCAAAUGAUCAGCUCCAACAGCAAACUCAGCAGCCACAACGGCAGCAACAAGUUUAUCCGACAGAACAGUCUUUGUCUACAAGUAUGAACGGACCGAAUGCAUUUCAUUCUUACGAAAUACGUUCUCCUGCUACAGCCGUCGAACCUCAUUACACUCUCCCACAUGAUGCUGCUACAGCUGGAGACUCUUCACAAAGGAUCAGUCAUGUUCUCCAAUGUUAUCAGCAGGGUGGCGAAGAUGCCGACUACGUUCGGAAGGCUAUCGAAAGUUUGGUGAAGAAGCUGAAAGAUAAAAGAACAGAAUUAGAUUCAUUAAUAACAGCUAUAACCUCUAAUGGAAAGCAGGCCACAGGUUGUGUCACUAUCCAGCGGAGUCUUGAUGGAAGACUGCAGGUUGCCGGCAGAAAAGGAGUACCUCAUGUAGUUUAUGCCCGAAUAUGGAGAUGGCCGAACGUCAGCAAGAAUGAGUUAGUAAAGUUAAGCAUUUGCACAACUACUCAAGAACAUCAAGAUUGUAUCUGUAUAAACCCUUAUCACUACGAGCAGGUUGUUUCAAACUCAAUAUCUCCCAUGGGAGGUAUGCAAUCAACGAACAGUUAUUAUUCUAAAAAUACAGGUGGCUAUCCGAACCCGAAAACACUCAAUCCUCCCCCUGCACAACACCCUAUCAUCCAGGAUGUCCCGCAACAUUAUCAGUCGGCACAGGCUUCAGUAGAAAUGGAAGCUGAAAACGAAGAAGACUACUCAGGCAUGCAAGACAGCCGUCCAUCUGAAAGUGGUUAUCCGCUCAAUUGGGAUUCUUCGUGUUCGUCUUCCCAAGCAGUACUGCCAGAUUGUAUGGAUGUUAUGAUGGCAGAUAACAGACCUGAUUUCAACAAAUUCCCGUACGAUACAGCCCAUAACGACGAAAUGCUACAAGACGAUAGGACCAUCCCAGCAGCGAUUACUUCUGCACCUCUCGAACAUUGGUGCACAAUCAAAUAUUAUGAAUUGGACACCCAAGUUGGAGAAAGUGUAAAAGUGAGGACAGAGAAACAGGAAUACACUAUAGACGGAGGGAUGGAUCCCCAUACCGAAAUAAACAGUAGAUUCUGUGUCGGAGCGUGGCCAAAUGUACAUCGAACGGAAAAAAGUGACAACGUUAGGAUGAAUAUUAGAGCUGGUGUUAAGCUUCGCACCAACUCAGAGGGACAGAUCUUCAUGGAGUUCCAUUCUACUAAGCCCGUCUUCCUCAGGAGCGGGUACUUGGAUUAUUGUUCCAAAGUUCCUUAUGACUCCAAAGCUCAUCGAUUUACACAUGAGGAUAAACCUACCAUGGUAUUUGAUUUGAAAUGGGCCUACAAGGAGAUGAUUUCCCGCAUUCACAAUGCUGAGCGUGUCUUGCGCGCGCAAGCCGCCGCUGUAGCAGGAGUGGUUACUAAUCAGAAAGUCGAAGGAGACUUCCCCAGUGCGAUGGUUCAUUCCAGUGUUGAUGGAAUGCGUCGUUCAUUCUGUACUUUCGAGUUCUCUUUCGUGAAAGGUUGGGGCGUAGGAUACAACAAAGCAACCAUAAAGGAUACGCCAUGUUGGAUCGAAGUUCAACUUCAUCGUUCUCUCCAAAUACUUGACUAUGUUUUGAAGAAAUCUCGAUCGAUAUGA